UGCUGGGACAGUCUCGCCCCACUUCGCCCCAGCGCCAUGGAGCUGUCCACCCUGCCCGGUGCUGAACCCGACUCCGGAUUCUUCUUCAACAGCAGCCGCCUGCGCGACUGGCCCGGGGGUCCCUUCCCCAACCAGAGCGUCAACCACACGGGGCCGGCCGGGGCCAAGGACCCCACCUCCAUCAUCAUCGCCAUCGCCAUCACCGCCCUCUACUCGGUGGUGUGCGUGGUGGGGCUGCUGGGGAACGUCCUGGUCAUGUACGGCAUCGUCAGAUACACCAAGAUGAAAACGGCCACCAACAUUUACAUCUUCAACCUGGCCCUCGCCGACGCCCUGGCGACGAGCACGCUGCCCUUCCAGAGUGCCAAAUACCUGAUGGAGACCUGGCCCUUCGGGGAGCUGCUCUGCAAGGUGGUCCUCUCCAUCGACUACUACAACAUGUUCACCAGCAUCUUCACGCUGACCAUGAUGAGUGUGGAUCGCUACAUUGCCGUCUGCCACCCGGUCAAGGCCCUGGACUUCCGCACCCCAGCCAAAGCCAAGAUCAUCAACGUCUGCAUCUGGGUCCUCUCCUCUGUGAUUGGCGUGCCCAUCAUGGUCAUGGCUGUGACCAAGUCAAAAGAUGGUAUUGUGCUCUGCAUGCUCCAAUUCCCCGACCCCGCCAUGUACUGGGACACGGUGACCAAGAUCUGCGUGUUCAUCUUCGCCUUCAUGGUGCCCAUCCUGGUCAUCACCAUCUGCUACGGGCUCAUGAUCCUCCGCCUCAAGAGCGUCCGCCUCCUCUCGGGCUCCAAGGAGAAGGACCGCAAUCUGCGCCGCAUCACCCGCAUGGUGCUGGUCGUGGUAGCAGCCUUCAUCAUCUGCUGGACGCCCAUCCACAUCUUCGUCAUCGUCUGGACGCUGGUGGACAUAGACAAGAAGAACCCCUACGUGCUGGCCAGCUUGCACUUCUGCAUCGCCCUGGGUUACACCAACAGCAGCCUCAACCCCGUCCUCUACGCCUUCCUGGACGAGAACUUCAAGAGGUGCUUCCGGGAGUUCUGCCUGCCCUUCCGGUCCCGGAUGGAGCAGAACAGCUUCUCCCGGGCGAGGAACACCACCCGGGAGCGCGUCUCCACCUGCACCCCUUCCGAAGUCCUCAAUAAGCCAGCAUGA